AUGGCACCGGUUAUAGUUGAAUGUGGUAUAUGCCACGAGGCUGAUGGUAAAUAUAAAUGUCCCAAGUGUGGUGUACGAUACUGUUCCUUAAAAUGUUACAAAGAUGAUGGAAAGCACGUCCAUAAGGAAGUUGACGAACUCAAGGUUGGAGCAGAACCUACUUUGAUGGCCGCUAACAACAAGAGCUCUCCAGUAAACAGCAUCCCCAUUAUAAAAAAUAGCUUAAAAAAAGAAACUUUCAAUGACAUGUAUCAAAACAGUGCCCAGUUACAGGAACUAUUGACUUACAAUACAGUGAAAUUUCAUCUAGCGAAGGUUUACAAAAUAUUGUCUAGUAGCGUCAGCGAUGGAAGUUCCGGAACAAUGAAUAGUGACCUGCAAAGAGAGUUGGCUGUAAAUUAUCUAAAUACGUUACGCUAUGGUGGUAUACACUAUAAUGAAGCCAUCGAAGAGUUUUGUCAGAUACUAUUAGACAAAUUGAGUGAAGUCAAAGAAUAA